AAUAAAAAAAUAAAAAUAAAAAUAAUAAAGAGCCCCAAAAAUUAGAUUUGCUUAUGAGAUGGCCUUUCACGUCGCCUGCCCAAUUACAUGUCGGCGAAUUUGCUAUUGCUCAUUAGGGUUUCUGCACAAUGAAAAGGGGGAAACUGAUUUUUUGAAUGAAAUCACGAAUUUGAAAUCUUUUUUGGAUGAUCCAUGGCGGAUUAAAGAUGAUAAGAGAACCGUUCAGGUUCUUGUUCCUAAAGUAGUUGUUGCCCCACCGCCGCCGGUGCCGGUUCAGGCGGCGCCGGCGGUUCCGAAUUCGGUGGCUGUUGUAGAUGGAGAUGAUGCGGCGGAGAUGUUGUCGGCGCAGAAUAAACGCGCUGCUAUGCAGAAACAGGCUGCUGCUGCUUCUUUGGUUGCUGAGGAUUUUGCUCGCCGGUUUGAAUCUGGCGAGACUGAGGGUAUCACUAAAGAUGUUGCCGGAGGAGAGCAAGUUGUCUCUAAUGGGAAGGUAAUGUGCCGCCUUUGCUUUUCUGGAGAGAAUGAAAGAAGUGAGAGAGCAAGAAAGAUGCUAUCUUGCAAAAGUUGCAACAAGAAGUAUCACAGGAGCUGUGUAAAAUCUUGGUCUCAUGAUAGAGAUUUAUUUCACUGGAGUUCUUGGUCCUGUCCUUCAUGUCGUGUAUGUGAGGUCUGCCGAAGAACCGGUGAUCCAAACAAGCUCAUGUUUUGCAAAAGGUGUGAUGGUGCAUAUCACUGUUAUUGUCAGCACCCUCCACACAAGAAUGUCAGCAGAGGACCUUAUUUGUGUCCCAAGCAUACAAAGUGUCACAGCUGUGCAUCUACAGUUCCAGGGAAUGGUUCAAGUCUCAGGUGGUUUCUAGGGUAUACUUGUUGUGAUGCUUGUGGAAGAUUGUUUGUCAAGGGAAAUUAUUGCCCUGUUUGUUUAAAGGUGUAUAGAGAUUCUGAAGCAACACCGAUGGUUUGUUGUGAUAUCUGUCAGCGCUGGGUGCAUUGUCAUUGUGAUGGAAUUAGUGACGAUAAGUACUUACAGUAUCAAGUAAAUAAUCACCUGGAAUACAGAUGUGCUACAUGCCGUGGAGAAUGCUACCAGGUUAGGGAUCAUGAGGACGCUGUUCAGGAGCUUUGGAGGAGGAGAGACAUAGCCGAGCAGGAUCUAAUUGCUAGUCUAAGGGCUGCUGCUGGACUGCCAACCCAAGAAGAAAUAUUCGCUAUUUCUCCGUAUUCUGAUGAUGAGGAUGAUGGACCUCCCUUAAAGAAAGAAUAUGGCCAUUCGUUGAAGUUUUCUUUAAAAGGGGUAGUUGAUAAAUCUCCCAAAAAGAAUAAGGAUUCUCCAAAGAAAGCUGCAAGCAAGAAAUAUGGGAAAGAAAGAGGAUUUCCUGCACCUCUAUUUGGCAGGAUGGCACAAAGCGAUGCCCAAUCUGUUGGAUCAUUUACUGGUGAUUAUAAAGACGAAGAUGGGCAGUUUGAUAGAUUUGGGGAACCUAAUACUGCAAGUUUGACUGAGGGAGUGUGGCCAGUCAAUCGAGAGGGCCUAAAACGAAAGCUUGUAGAGGUUCCAGUGAAAGCAGACGGUAGAUUGUUGAGAGACAAAACAAAAAGUCACAAGCCACAUCAAGUGGGGGCGAUGGAUGAUGCUGGAAAAGAGGCUGUCAUAUCCAAGAACACUAAGGGACCCAAGUUAGUUAUACACUUGGGUGGUAGAAAUAAAAAUGUAGCAAAUUCUACAAGGUCUGACGCAUCAAACUCUCCGCAGGAGCAAAUUAUAACCACCGCCAUUGAUCAAAAGACAUCCUUUGGUGAUCUAAAUGAUGAUGAUGUUGGUCCACCUUUGGUUUCACAUUCUUCACAAAAGGAACGCAAGUCUGUAUUGAGACUCAAAUUUAAGAAUCCGUAUUCUGAUGAUCAGAGUUCUUGGGCUUCUCCUUUGGAGGAAGAUAAGAGUUCUGUUAAGGGUCAGAGAUCUAAGAGAAAGAGAUCAUUUUCUUCUAUGGACAGAUCUUUUGUGAAGGAAGAUAAAGGGGCCGGACACUCGUAUGAAGAGAAUGAUAUGAUGAGUGAGAUCAUUGAUGCAAAGUGGAUAAUUCAAAAGUUGGGAAAACAUGCAAUUGGAAAGAUGGUGGAAGUUCAUCAGCCAUCCAACAAUUUCUGGUAUAAGGGAACAGUAAUCCAAGUCUCUGAAGAUACAUCGACUGUAUCGGUUACUUUAGAUGAUGGAAAGGCCAUGAAUGUUGAUCUCGGCAAACAGAGAAUUCGUUUCGUUUCACAAAAGCAGAGACAGUGACUAGCCUACAUGAUAGGCAUUAGCCCCUGUCAAUUAGCUAUUGUUGGUAACAAGUCAACAUAUAUGUAUUUGGAACCCAAAAGAAGAAAGAAUUCAAUAGACUGCACAGCUUGCUAGCUUCUUUGUACUGUAUGAUUGUGUUCAGUUUCCUAGUGUAGUUGAGAGUUAUGAUAGAAUAAUUUAUUAUCUAUAUUUGGUUGUUUUUGACUAUUGUCAGAUUGGUUACAAGUAUGCUUAGUAUGAGAUUGGUAUUGUUAA